GUAAUAAAAUUCUAGUUUUUUUUUUUAAUUUAAAGUAAUCCUCCUAAUAACCAAAUUAAAAAUAAUUUUUAAAUUAAAUAAUGGCGAAAAAAACUUACGAUUUAUUAUUUAAAUUAUUAUUGAUUGGUGAUUCUGGUGUUGGUAAAACUUGUAUAUUAUUUAGAUUUUCAGAUGAUGCAUUCACAUCAACAUUUAUAUCCACAAUCGGAAUUGAUUUUAAAAUUAAAACAGUAGAAUUACGUGGUAAAAAGAUUAAAUUACAAAUAUGGGAUACAGCGGGUCAAGAAAGAUUUCAUACUAUCACUACAUCAUAUUACCGCGGUGCCAUGGGUAUAAUGCUAGUCUAUGAUAUAACAAAUGAAAAAACAUUUGAAAAUAUAGUGAAAUGGCUGAGAAAUAUAGAUGAGCAUGCAAAUGAAGAUGUAGAAAAAAUGAUAUUGGGCAAUAAAUGCGAUAUAACAGAUAAACGUGUAGUUAGCAGAGAAAGAGGUGAAGCGAUUGCUCGUGAGCAUAGCAUACGUUUCAUGGAAACUUCAGCAAAGGCGAAUAUAAAUAUUGAAAGAGCGUUUUGUGAAUUAGCUGAAUCAAUAUUGGAUAAAACUACUGGUCGUGAAGCAAAUGAAAAUCCUGAACGUGUUGUCAUUGACCGUAAAGGGCAAGAUAAAGCACCCGCCUAUAAAAGUUGUUGUUCCACUUAAAAAAUUACUUAUUUUCUUAAACACAAAAAAAUCAAAUAAACAAAGAAUAUCAUUUUUAUUUUUCUUAACAUUUCAUAAACUUUUGGGAGAUCAUAAAACAAAAAGGAAAAAAAGCAAAAAAUUAAUUCGAAUUCAAAGUUUAUUAUAUGAUAAUGAUAAAAAAUUAUUAAUUUUCCAUCAUACACCCACCAUCAUUUACAAAAAGGAAUCAAAUAGACAAAAAGAAAAAAAAUGAAACAAAUUGAAAUUAAUAAUUUUCUAAUUAAUUAAUGUAAUAAAUGUGUAUUAUAUUUUAAAUAUUUUUUUUUCUGUUCUUAGAUAAGUUUAAAAAUAAAUUAUGAUAAUACUUAAAUAAUUUAACAACAAGUAAAUUUGUGUUAAAAAUGCAAAAAAAAAAAAUGAAAAACAAAAAUAAAAAAUAUAACAUUUUUCAAAGAAAAUCAAAAGUAUGAACAUUUUGAUUUUCUUUAAAUGAAAAUUUAAUUAAAUAAAUAAGAAAAUUUAUAUUGUAUAAAAUAAUUGAAGACAAAGCUUAUUUGU